AAGCCUGUGAUUCUUGUUGUCAACACAAUACGGCGAACUGUGGAUUCAAGUUGCAGUCGCCCUUUCUCUUGAUAUUUUUACCAUGACGAGCCAGGCCCUUCUGCAGAAGACGAAGCGAGCUCUGAGUCUCAACUCCCCUUUGGAUAUAUUCAAGACGCUCUUAUUGUUUUAUGUCGUAUUUACUCGCGCUCUUAAGAUCCAGAGACAUUUGCGUGCAAGGGGCGUCAUUCCUACUUUGCGAGAUGGUUGGACGUGGACGGUCCAGCAAGUAUUGCUCCUAGCCAUUCGCCUGCCGUCCACUCGGAAAAAGGUUGAGACGGAACUUGGGAAAGCCAGACUACAGAUCGAGGACAGACUGGUUCCUAAGGGUGAGGCAGUCAUACGCCAUCUUGCUCUUCCGGAACAUGGCAAUUCGCCAGAAUGGAUCCUUGACGAAAUGGCCAAAAUGGACGAGGAGUCCAUGGGGCACACCGAUUGGAAGCAUGGGAAGGUAUCAGGCGCUGUAUAUCACGGUGGAGAGGACUUGCAGAAAGUCAUUGUGGCCGCUUUCGAACGUUACUGCGUCUCGAAUCCACUACAUCCAGAUGUGUUCCCUGCAGUGCGCAAGAUGGAGGCAGAAGUUGUCGCAAUGUGUUUGCGAAUAUACAAUAACCCCAAUGGUGCCGGUGCAACGACCUCCGGCGGUACAGAGUCGAUUAUCAUGUCGGUGAAAACUCAUCGCGACUGGGCAAGAGCAACGAAGGGGAUCACUGAGCCUGAGAUGGUUGUGCCGGCUUCUGCUCAUGCAGCCUUCGACAAGGGUGCUGCUUACCUCGGUAUCAAAGUCCAUACGAUUCCCGUGGACCCCGUUACGCGGCAAGUCCCCUUGAAGCGAGUCUCACGAGCCAUCAAUGUCAACACCAUCAUGAUUGUCGGUUCCGCGAUCAACUUCCCAGACGGGUGUCAAGACGACAUUGUCGCUCUUGGCAAACUAGCAAAGAAAUACAACGUCGGCCUUCACGUUGACUGUUGCUUGGGCAGCUUCAUCAUGCCUUUCCUCGAAAAGGCUGGAUACCCGGUCGAGCCAUUCGAUUUCCGUGUGGAAGGUGUCACUGCUAUUAGUUGUGAUACUCAUAAGUACGGUUUUGCACCCAAAGGCAAUUCGGUCAUCAUGUACCGAGAUGCAAGUCUUCGACAGCAUCAAUACUAUGUUAACCCCACCUGGAUGGGCGGCGUAUACGCGAGUCCAAGUAUCGCUGGUUCACGGCCCGGUGCUCUUAUCGCAGGAACAUGGGCUGCAAUGCAAUACAUGGGCUACGAUGGUUAUCUUGAAUCAUGUCGUUCAAUCGUGGGUGCAGCCAAAUCCAUUGCAUCGAAAAUCAAAGCCGAGAUUCCAGAACUCUACAUCCUUGGAAACCCGCCAGCGUCCGUCGUAGCAUUUGCAUCCCGUCAUCCUGAUGUCAAGACCUACGAAGUUGGAGAUGUGAUGAGCCACAAAGGCUGGCAUUUGAACGCCUUGAAUGACCCUCCUGCGCUGCAUAUCGCUGUUACGCGGCUGACCGUGUCGCACGUCGAUGAAUUCAUUGCGGAUCUUAAGGAUGCCGUGCGGGAGGCGAAGUUGAGGCCUUCUGGGAAGGGCACUAUGGUGACGCUUUACGGACUUGGCCAGUCAAAUGCCGUAGGUCCUACGAUGGUCGGUCAGGUAGCCACUGCGUUCUUGGAUACGCUGUACAAAGCAUGAAGCAAUGUAACUUCAUUUUUUUGUGCGCGAUACCAUGAUAUCCAUGUGGCGUUCCUUGCUCGCUAGUUCCAGCCUGCCUGUUGUUCACAAGACAGACGGCGGACGUCCGUUCUUAAUAUAGCACCACUUACCGAGUGCCAUAGGGAACUUCAUCUGCUCUAUAAUGCAUGACGCCACCAACAUGUGUUUUUCGGCUGUACAAGUUCGAUUAUGCAGCAUUGCAUGCGCCUUCGCCGCGGUCCGCUGACAACUGAAACACAGUUCAUCGCAGCGAGCAGAACUUGCUUUCCAAUCACAUUCAUUGAAAGUAUCAUGUGUCCCUCAAUAUUUCGCUGACUUUUGCUUGCAUGUUUCGUGCUGCAUGACUCCUCUGAGUGUCUGACAGGAGGAACUCCGACUCUCCUCCCUACGGUCGCCGAACCCGGCAUUCUCGAGGCGAGCCGGCGUUCUAGCUUAUUUGAGUUUUCGGAGGGUCGCUUUGGUACGAGAACGUCCUCCGGUUAUUUACCGCCGCCGGGAGGAAUAGGAUCUGCAGGAGCGAGAUCUUACCCGAUAUGGAUGUUUUUGGACCAAUAUGGAAAAGUCGGACGCCCUUGGGAGGGACCGAUCGUUUACUUACACUCACUGUACUGUACUGUACAGUUCAACUUGCAGUUCAAGUAACUUUAUCCAUCAGUUCAGUGAUUUC